CCCCAUCCACCUCCCAAGACCCACACACCCGCCGCGAUGGACGUGACGCGCGCGGUGAGCGCCUACGUGCUGCGCCUCCUCGGCGCCGUGCCCGGCAUGAAGGUGCUGCUGCUCGACGAGCACACGACGCCCGUCGUCUCCACCGCGCAGACACACAGCGCCCUCCUGGCCCACGACGUCUUCCUCACCGCGCGCCUCGAGCACAGCGGGCGCGACCGCAUGCGCCAUCUGCGCUGCAUCGCCCUGCUGCGGCCUGCGCCCGCGACGCUGGCGGCGCUGGCCGCCGAGCUGCGCGCGCCGCGCUACGCCGAGUACCACCUCGCCUUCACCGGCGCGCUGAGCAAGGCCGCCAUCGAGGCGCUCGCCGAGGCCGACGAGCACCAUGUGGUCAAGGAGGUGCAGGAGUACUUUGCCGACUACAUCCCCAUUACACCGGCACUCUUCUCGCUCGGCUGGCCCGCGCCGCCAGAGCAGCUGUGGGGCGCGACGCCGCACUCGUGGGACUCGGCGGCGCUGCAGCGGCACACCGAGGGCCUGACGGCGCUGCUGCUCUCGCUCAAGAAGCGGCCUGUCGUGCGGUACGAGCGCAUGAGCGCGCUGGCGAAGAAGCUCGGCGAGGAGGUCGUGUACCAAAUGCAGACGGCGCUGCCGGCGCUCUUCGACUUUCGCCGCACCGACGUGCCGCCGCUGCUCCUCGUGCUCGACCGCCGCAACGACCCCGUCACGCCGCUGCUGAGCCAGUGGACGUACCAGGCCAUGGUGCACGAGCUGAUGGGCAUCAACAACGGGCGCGUGAGCCUGCCGGAGGGCAGUGCCGAGCUGCGUGAGAUCGUGCUCUCAGCCGACCAGGAUCCGUUCUUCGCGCAGAACCUGCACGACAACUUUGGCGACCUGGGCGCGUCGAUCAAGCGCUACGUGCUCGACUACCAGUCGCGCACGGCGUCGUCGUCGUCGAUCGAGACGGUGGCGGACAUGAAGCGCUUCGUCGAGGAGUACCCCGAGUUCCGCAAGCUGGGCGGCAACGUGGCCAAGCACGUGGCGCUGCUCGGCGAGCUGAGCCGCCGCGUCGAGACGGAGAGCCUGCUGGAGGUGUCGGAGCUGGAGCAGAGUCUGGCGAGCAACGAGAGCCACGCGGCGGACCUGCGGAAUCUCAACACGCUGCUCGCCUCGGAGAAGGUGCUGCCCGACGCCAAGCUGCGCCUCGCGAUUCUCUACGCGCUGCGGUACCAGAAGUACGCGGGCAACCAGAUCUCGGCGAUCGUGCGGCGCCUGCUGCAGAGCGGCGUGCCGGAGAGCCGCGCUGCGCUCGUCUUUGUCAUGCUCAACCUCGCCGGCGCCGAGCAGCGGCAGGACGAUCUCUUUGCGAACGAGAACUUCUUCUCUCGCGGCAAGAGCGCGCUCAAGGGUCUGAAGGGUGUGGAGAACGUGUACACGCAGCACUCGCCGCACCUGCUCCAGACGAUUGAGCAACUCAUGAAGGGCCGCCUGCGGGAUACAAGCUAUCCGUACACUGGGUCAGCGCCACCGCCGGGGCAGCCGCAGCAAAAACCGCAAGACGUGAUCAUCUUCAUGGUCGGUGGCGCGACGUACGAGGAGGCCCGCACCGUCGCGCUGCUCAACGCACAAGGCACGGCCGGCCCCGGCGGCGGCGCACGCUUCGUGCUCGGCGGCUCGACGCUGCUGCGCAGUGCCUCGUACCUCGACAUGCUGCAGGAUGCGGCGUCGCGCUUCCCCGCCGGCAUUGCCUCGCCGCCGCCGCCGAGCGCCGCGGGCGCAGCGGCGGCGCCGCUGAACCUCUCCAUCGGGCCCGUGCAGCUCGGCGACGCCUACAGCGGCGGCGCCGGCAGCCUGCUCGACCCGGGGCGCAUCGGCGAGGCGGCCGAGGCGACGCGCGGCUUUGCGCGCGGCCUGCUGCGCAACGUGCAGGGCGCGCUGCAGUGAUGCGAAUAUACCCAGUAGCAGCCAGAUGGAAAGUGAGACUGCGGCAGAGCUGCUUCUGCUCACACGCGUCAGGCGCAGGAGAGAGCCGACCCCAGAGAGCCGUGACGGUGCUGCUUUGGCGUCGAGCCCUGCUUCUCGCCGCACGCGACGCCAUGAUGCAUGAGCGCUGCAGCUGGACGCCGCGUCCGGUCGGCGAGCGCAUGCAUGGACGACGAGGACGUGCUCGUGUGCGCGCUCGACGCUGCUGCUGCAGCGGGUGACGCGGCACGCCUGCGAGGGGUGUGCAGGGGAUGCACAGCACCUGAGCAGUGCGCUGCACGGCGAC